AUGUCCGUACAGGCAAUCCUUACGUCGAGCCGCCUGAAGAGGCAGAGACUGUCGAGGUUAGCCUUACCGCCGCCAGCCAGUUCUUUUCGGGGGGUCACAGUAACGACCCCGCCGCUGCUAAAUAUUACGUCCGCCGCCCUGGCCCUUUGGGCUGUAGAGGAGUCUCCUCUUUCGUCUCUGGACGAAGAGAUCCUGGCAUUAGCCGAGGAUGAGCUGCCUGCCGAGGGUGCAGCGCCCGCGGCGCUUUCUCAGUCGUCUGUAGCGCCCUAUAAGCGCAAGACGCCGGACACGCAGAGCCUACGGCGGUCUCCUCGCCUAGCCCCUACUGUCCGGGCUAGUGGUAUUCAGGGAGUAGACAUCCCCAGUCCUCCGGAGGUUCAGGUCGUGUCGUCGGGUCCUUCUUCCGCAGCGCCGCCUAUAGCGCUGACCCCGACCCCUCCUAUGCCGUCCGUACCUUCCCCUGUACCGGCUACGCUAUCCUCUGCUCUGCCCGUACCCCCUCCUGUGUUAUCCGUGGUACCGCCUCCUACUCCGCCUAUAGCGCCUCCUUUUAUACUAUCCGUGGUGUCUCCCUCCGCGCCGGCCACAGCCACCACUUGUCCGCUUGACCAGUUUAACCUGACGAGUGACGGGAACCCUAUAGCUCAUCUUGCCCAGGGUCGUGAGGCGGAGCUGCUCCAGGCCCGCCUUACGCCCGAAUCUCCGAAUGUGGAUUGGCGGAUAGGGAAGGAUGGGACGCCCGCGUAUAAGAACGUGGCGACAACCAAAUACCGGAUUGUAGGGUCGUUGGGGCAGCGUGUUGGUUAUACCGCGCCUGAGGGGGAGGAGUGUGUAGCGUGUCAGAAGGGCUAUGGCCCGUUCAAGUCCUGUCGUAUUGCUAGGACGAAAGACGCCGCCGCCUCCUUGGGCGCGUGUAUGAACUGCGCAUUCGGCGGUAGUGGAGCCACUUGCUCGUUCCGGAUUGACCAGCCUGACUGGGUCCGUGAUUAUUUCGUGCAGUUCUUCCCGGGGUUCACUUUCGUCCCUGGUUCUGCACGGAAGAGCCGCAGCAAGGGUAAAGGCCACUCCGAGCCCGUUAGGGAGACUACCGCGCAGUCGGCGCCUGCCACCCCAGCUGGGCCUACCGCCAGUGCCGCGCCCGUAGCAGGGCCCGCGGCUGUUCCUACAGCGGCGGCCGUAACAGCGCCUGUGUCGGUCGUUACUACUACACCUGCAGGAGGCCCGGCAUCUGUCUCGUCCGUUGCGCCUGUGACAGCCCUACGCCUGCCUCGACUGCCGUCCCCGCCUCGGCCGCCACUGCUACCAGCGCUGUCUCGACCAGCCUAG